CUCAAGUUAUACGUUGUGCAGUGGAUAAUAUCAGAUAUCCAAAACAACACUCCCGAGUGCAAAUAAAAGGGUUUGAAACUUCCUAACCUAGAAUCAAGCGGGCGGCUUCUCGCCGACAUUGGUUGAUAUUCAAUUGUAUUUAGGAUUGAAAUUGGUGGCUAAAAUUUGCCUUAAUUGAGCAGCAUAACUGCAUGUCAAGUUUAUUGUUAAAUUUUGGACAGCGCAUAUUCAGUGAAAUACAUCUUAAGUGAAACAACCAUCAUUUAAGAAUUAUAAAGAGGCGAAAAUUGAUUGAUUUUACUGCACGAAAAUCAAAGGAUUAAUUGUUAUAGAUGGAGGCCAAUACUAAUACCAAUGAAACUCAAGUUUCAUAUUAUUUAAAUCAAAUGGUGAAUAUGUCGGAAGUGUUUGGUUUUUUAACAGAGGCGGCGACAAUAUUCGCCAGAUUGGCGGAAACGCCAUAUCUGUCACCAGAUCUGGCUCGUCAGUUUCAACGCUUAGCGUUUGAAUUUCGAGCAAUGUCGACUGAUUCAAGAAUAUUUAGUGUGAAAUUUGAACUAUCGAUCGCGUGCGGUGUAACUCCCCGAUCAGCAUCAGGCAUAGUUGACCAGAUGGUCAAGGUCUCGAAUGUUUUGGCGACACUGUCAGAAGCAACGAUCCUAUUGAGCAACACGGUGCGAGCAUCGGCUCAUAUGCAAAGAACAUCGCAAAUGCCGGCCCUGUAUCAAACAAUAUCGGCGAUAUCUGCCGAUCUGCACAGAGAUUCACUACAUUUAAUUGAAUGGUAUCAAAACACCCAAAUGUGA